CUUCAGCUAGCCCUCGUACAAGAUUUUUCUGUUGCUUCUCGUUGCUGCAUACACAGUACAGCUUCUGAUCCUCUGCAUCAGCCUAUAGAGUUCUCAUUCUCCUCAAUUGGCACAAAGCAGCAUGGUGAACGUCGACCACAAGGCCGUCCUCAUCGUCAUCGAUGGGUGGGGUGUUGCCAGCGAAAAUUCCCCCAAGGAGGGCGAUGCCAUCCUCGCGGCCGAUACCCCAUGCAUGGACGACUUCGCAAGACAAGGAUCCAAGACCGCCCAGGGCUACACCGAGCUGGAGGCUUCCUCCCUCGCCGUCGGUCUCCCCGACGGCCUGAUGGGUAACAGCGAAGUCGGCCAUCUGAACAUCGGCGCCGGAAGAGUCGUCUGGCAGGACGUGGUCCGCAUCGACCAGACCAUCAAGAAUGGAAAGCUGGGAGAAGUCCAGAACAUCCGAGAGUCGUUCAGCCGUGCAAAGAACGGAAACGGAAGGCUGCACCUCUGUGGGUUGGUCUCGGACGGCGGCGUUCACUCGCAUAUCAACCAUCUCAUCGCUCUGCUGAAGGUUGCGAAAAGCAUGGGCGUGCCCCAUGUCUUCGUCCACUUCUUUGGCGAUGGCCGAGACACGGAUCCCAAGUCGGCCGCUGGCUAUAUGGAGGAUUUGCUCAAGGCCAUCAAGGAGAUUGGCAUUGGAGAGAUCGCGACUGUCGUGGGCCGGUACUACAUCAUGGACCGUGACAAGAGGUGGGACCGCGUCGAGAUCGGCCUCAAGGGCCUUGUGACGGGAGAGGGCGAAGAAAGCGAGGACCCCGUAGCAACCAUCAGGGCGAGAUAUGAGAAGGAAGAGAACGACGAGUUCUUGAAGCCCAUCAUCGUGGGCGGCAAGGAGCGCAGAAUCCAGGACGGCGACACUGUCUUCUCCUUCAACUACCGUUCCGACCGUGUCCGCGAAUUCACUCAGCUCCUGGGCGGCUUCGAUCGUUCCCCCAAGCCGGAUUUCCCUUACCCCAAGGACAUCCACCUGACGACCAUGACGCAGUACAACGUCAAGUUCCCCUACCCCAUUGCUUUCCCGCCCCAGAAGAUGGAUAACGUUCUCGCCGAGUGGCUUGCCAAGCAAGGCCUCAAGCAGUGCCACGUUGCUGAGACGGAGAAGUACGCUCACGUCACCUUUUUCUUCAACGGCGGUGUGGAGAAGCAGUUCGAGAACGAGGAGCGAGACAUGAUUGCCUCGCCCAAAGUGGCGACGUACGACUUGCAGCCCAAGAUGAGCGCCAUGGCUGUGGCGGAGAAACUGUGCGAGAGGAUCAAGGAGGGCAAGUUUGAGUUCUUGAUGAACAACUUUGCUCCGCCAGACAUGGUGGGCCACACUGGCGUGUACGAGGCUGCCAUUGAAGGUGUCGCCGAGACGGAUAGGGCCAUCAAGAGGAUAUAUGAGCAGUGCAAGGAGAGCGGCUACAUUCUCUUCGUCACCGCCGAUCACGGCAACGCUGAAGAGAUGCUCAAUGAAGAGGGCAAGCCCAAGACGUCGCACACGACCAACAAGGUCCCCUUCGUCAUGGCCAAUGCACCAGAGUCUUGGAGCUUGAAGAAGACGGACGGUGUGCUGGGCGAUGUUGCUCCCACCGUUCUGGCCGCCAUGGGUCUGCCUCAACCGGAAGAGAUGGACGGCCACAGCCUGCUGGUCAAGUCGUAGGGGCCAUCUAGUCUGCCACUGUAUUCACUUCUUCGAUUCAUGGCUGUGUGUUUGAUGAUUAGACGGUUGUUGUAUACCUUUGGAUAGAAAACGCAGAUAGAAGCAUUAUGAGCCUAUGGAUGGUUACCGGUA